AUCUGAGAUUCCUCCUAAGAACAUCUUUUGUGCUCGUCUUUAGGCUAAAUAGCCGAAGACCGGACUCUCCUAAAGGGACCGAACCACGUAGUAACCACACCAGCGAGCGUCCAACUGGUCAAAAUCACAGUAAUGGUGAAGUGACCACUGAUUCAGACCCCAGCCUGUACUGGUUCCACUCCUUAUCCAGCUCCGUCGUUCACACCUCCCCCAUCGUUACCUCCACACAGAACGCCACCACCACACUGGGCGGCACGGCGGUGUUACCUAGCAACAGCCAUUCCAUACGCCGCAAGGGUUCUGCGUGGGAGAAGGAGGUGGAUCCAUCCAUGGUUGAGGCCGUUGUGGAAAAGGGCUCCAAAAAGCUCAGAGCCAAACGGUUGAAAGAGAUGAAAGCAUCCCUCCUGCUGAGCGAGGAACAAGUUUUAGGAGAGACAGGCGACGAUUUAGAGGAGAUAUUCUCCCACAGUACACCCAAAACGGGGAAGAAACCCUCAAAAAGAAAAAACACAACCAUCAGUCCUGACAUCAGAGCCGAGAGCGAGGAUUUACGCAGCAAACUCACAAACUUCACAUUCAAGCCCAGAGAGAGAAUGAUUCAUGCCGAUCAGUCGGUUGCGAAAGCGAGUGCCAAAGUGGCGGUGCAUGAGGGAGCGAAACCUACCGCACCUCAGAUGCCAGAAACACAGGCCGAAAGUGGGAAUCGGUCAAGCUCACAUCGUCCGGCAGAGGGCAGCAGAGCUAAUGAAAAACCCCGGCUAGGAACUAACAAUAAAACCAAAGACUUUUCCUCUCCGGUCUUGAAUGAUGUGAGCACAGCUCAGAAAGGGAUGUCUGAGGACACUGAACAUCAACAACAGCUGCUGUCCAGACUCAACAGCCACUCUCCAGGUGAGAAUAAUGGCAACACUAAUAAACACCCACAAUCCCCACCAAGGACAGACCACCCAAAGGUGAAGGUGGCCAGUUCAACUCUGGCCAAACUUUCUAGAUUCUCUUUUACGGGCUCAUCUGAGGAAAACACUGGUGAUAAAACAGUCCCAGCUACAAAUGGCAGUACAAACAAAGUGCCAGCAAACCCGGUUUCUGAAGACCAGGAGAACACAAGCACACAGACCAGGAAAAAUAUAACCACAGAUGCGAAGGCCACCACAAUGCAGACGGGCAACAUGAGGACAGAGCCCUCCGACAGACAGGAAGAAGCCGGAGAGAACACUACAAAGAAGAGGAGAUGUUUUGAGUUGGGCUCCGGAGGCCCCGCAGGACUCCUCAAAGGUUUUUCACUGUUCAGCUCAUCUGUCAUAGACGAUGAAGAUCUAGAUGCUGACUGGAUCUGAUGCAACAGGAGACGUUUGUCAUGUGUAUUAGCAGUAUAUGUAUUUUUUGUGUUUAUUUGUUCAUUUAAAUGCAGUGUGAUGUGUUUUAAUGGCUAAACAGAUUCUGAUGUCACAGUAAAAAGAGUCUAUUUGCACUUUU